AUGAAAUAUAUUUUUCUUUUUUUGGUCACCUUAAUUAUAAUUAAUUUGAAUAUCAUAGAACCAAAAUAUUUAUUUGGAUAUUCGUAUUAUGGUAAUCCAAAAUGUCCUAUAAAUACACCAUAUGAUAAAAAAUACAUAUGUUCCUUCAUCUUAAAUAAUAAUAAAAAGAAUUCCUAUAAUUCAAGAAUAAAGUGUAUAAAAAAUAAUUCAAUAAUUCCUAAUGAUAUUGCUGAAGGUAAAGUAAGAUUACGAUUUGCUCCAAGCCCAACAGGCUUUUUACAUGUUGGAGGGUGUAGAACUUUUUUAUAUAAUUAUAUUUUAUCAAAACAAAUGAAUGGUUCUCUAAUACUUCGACUAGAAGAUACAGAUAUCAAAAGAAACACCAAAAAUUCAUUAGAUGAAAUAAUAAAGGAUUUAAAAUGGCUCAAUUUAACCUGGGAUGAGGGACCCGAUAAAGUUGGAGAAUAUGGACCGUAUAAACAAUCCGAAAAAAUAGAACUAUACAAAAAAAUAGCACACCAAUUUGUUAAUGAAGGAAAAGCGUAUUUUUGUUUUUGCUCCAAAGAGGAGUUACAAGAAUUAAAAGAAAAGUCCAAAAUGAUCAAGAAAAAAUACAUUUAUAAUAGAAAAUGUCGAGAUAUGAAUAGUGAAGAAAUUAAAAAGAAAUUAGAACAGAAUAUUACAUAUACCAUUCGUUUUAAAUCGCCAUUAAAAAGGAAAAUAAUAUUAAAGGAUAUUUUAAAAGGUGAUAUCAUAGAUGAAGUACUUGAAGAUUUUAUUAUAUUAAGAAGCAACGAAUUACCUACAUAUAAUUUUUCAGUUUCAGUUGAUGAUUAUUUAAUGAAAAUAACACAUGUUAUAAGAGGUGUGGAACAUAUUUCAAAUACGUUCAAGCAAAUUUUAAUAUUGGAAACGUUGAAUGCUGAUAUCCCACAUUAUGCUCAUAUACCCGUUAUAACGACUGAAGAAAAAAAAAAAAUAAGCAAAAGAAAUAACGAAUAUUUAAUCAGAAAUUUAAGGGAGGAAGGUUUUAAGCCAGAAUGCGUAGUUAAUUAUAUGACUACAUUGGGAUGGGGAAGUAUCUCUAAGAAGGAAUUUUAUACGAUGAAUGAACUCAUUGAUACGUUUAAUAUACAUAAGCUAAACAAGUCAUCCGUUGUUUUUGAUAUUAAAAAAUUAAAAUGGAUGAACAAGAAAUAUAUGUUAGAACAAGAUAAUGAAACAUACAUACGAGAAGCUGAACAAUAUAUGAUAAAUAAUAACAUAUUGUCAUCAAAUGAGUAUAAAGAAUUUGUGGAAUUGUGUGUAGAUAUAUUUAAAUACGAAGUACAUAAUUACUAUGAAUUGAAAGAAUGUAUUUUAAAUGCUCUUAAAUAUGAACAUCAAGGAAAUGAUUAUUUAAAUAAUGAUGAUAUAUAUUUAAAACAGGUUGCUGUUCUAUUAUAUGAUUGGUAUCUGAAAAAUGAAGUUAAAGAUAAUAAUGAAUAUAUAGAAAUGAAAAUGAUAAACGAUUUUGAUACAUUAAUAGAUGAUAUUGUUAAAAGUACCAACUUAAAAAAAAAUCAAGUUCUAUUAAAAAUUCGUUUACUUCUAACAUUUCAAAGGAAAGGAAUACCAUUUAUAUAUUUAAUAAAAAUUUGGGCAUCCGCUAGAAAACAUAAUAUACCCAAUUAUUUUUCGUUGGAAAAAAGAUUUUUACAUUUGAAAAAUGUAUUUAAUUUUUGA